GUGCCCGCACGUUUCGUCGUCCUCGCGCUCCAACCAUCCGGCCCAUUCUCUUCCUCUCGACCAGUUCGAACGGUUUUCGAUUUCCUCGUGUUUUCCUUGUCACUUCUUUUCUCUCCCCCCAUUUCCCUCGAGGACGCGGCGGCGGCAGAUCUGCGGCGAGGAGGAGGAUGGUGAACGUGAACUGGGAGCUGCAGGGCUGCUGCGACCACAACCAGGUGGUGUUCAUAGCCGCCAUCGGCGUCUCCACCGUCCUCAUCCUCCUCCUGUGGAGGACGUUCCUGCUCACGCCCUUCAAGCUCAUCACCGUCUUCCUCCACGAGACCAGCCACGCGCUCGCUUGCAAGCUCACCUGCGGAGAUGUUGAGGGCAUGCAGGUCCAUGCUAAUGAGGGUGGUGUUACUCAAACUCGGGGUGGCAUAUAUUGGAUAAUCUUGCCUGCUGGAUAUCUGGGUUCAUCAUUUUGGGGAAUGGUCUUUAUACUGGCUUCCACAAAUCUCCUCACUACAAGAAUUGCAGCGGGUUGCUUCAUUCUUGCAUUAAUUGUCGUUCUUUUUGUUGCUAAAAAUUGGUUUCUUCGCUGGCUCUGCAUUGGAUUCAUCGUAUUCAUUGCUAUUGUCUGGGUCAUACAAGAAUUUACAAAAUUCCAUAGUCUGAAGUAUGUAAUUUUAUUCAUAGGUGUGAUGAAUAGCUUAUUUUCAGUCUAUGAUAUCUAUGAUGACUUGAUAUCACGAAGAGUCCAUUCAAGCGACGCUGAGAAAUUCGCUGAAAUCUGCCCAUGUCCUUGCAAUGGUGUUGCAUGGGGUGUCAUAUGGGGCUUCAUCUCAUUUAUCUUUCUUUGUGCAUCGAUAUACCUUGGACUGGUUAUAUUGUCUUGAGGAUUCCGAUCUUCCAUGUACCAUUUUGGUAUGAGAACCAAGUCAAGCUGGGCCCUUCUGUAUUUACCUUGCUCUGGAUGUUGGUUCCAGCUUGUAUUGAUCUCGUGAGUUGUAGGAAGUUCAUACAAACGGCAAUCAGUUUAUGCCAAUUGGAGUUGAUUGGAUAGGGAUUAAUCAUUCGACUAUUCCAUUUAGUGCUUCUGUAGAUAAUUCGGCCUAUAAUUUGUCUUCAUAGUUGAUAGCUGUCAUUCAGUACUAUCUCAUCUCAUAUAGAAAUUUAUUCAGCA